AUGGGAGGGGCUCCAAGUCGAGAGACUUUGUUGCGUAGCAUCAUGGUUGAGCCAACCGCUGCCCCACAGGUAGCGUCGAAACCGAGGUUGGUGCUUGUGCCCCUGAUCUCAGACUACUUUCCGAGCCCUAACUGUCCUAUCUUUCAGAAGUUUUUAGAGUUGCGCCGUGACCCAAAUGUUCUGUAUUACUAUCGGGACGCUUCUCUAACCUCGGUGUCUGAGCGUGUGGUCCCUGCCGGUGCAGGGACAGACAAGGAUCUCUACAGUUAUUACAUGAGUUUGGGUGAGCAGCGUCUCGUGGAGACUGACGAGGAUUUGGUCGAGUUGCAUCGUGCUGGCCGCAUAUUUUCCCCUGUACCAUGCGUCAUUGCCUUUACUUCCACUUCAUCCCAUGACAAACAAGGGGCUUCCUGCGAUUCAAAUUUCUCUGCUACUACGGCAGGGUUGGCAACUUCAGAAAAAAAAAAUUACUCUUCUAGUGAAACAAAGCCUGAUGAGGACCCUAAUAUGUUGAAGUCGACCACCACAACUUCCCUGUCCCCAGUUUCCCAGGCAAACACUAGAAAUACAACCUUGCUUCAUGAGGUUGAAAGCGAUCCUUGUGUAAUGGCAAACGACAAUGUGUACUUGCCUCGCUUCAAUAUUCAUGUCCGAAUUACUGGCUUUAUCGGUGAUACUCAAAUUUGCUCGCCAAGCAUGUCAUUUUCCAAUUCCAUUAGGUCCCCUAUGGAGAUGGGUCUUUUUCUUUCUAAAAGCUUGGGAGGGAACUAUCGUAUUAAUGUCACGCUUCUCGCCGCUUAUACCUACAUUUCUCAACUCAAGCAAAUUGGCAUCCUCAGCAGCUCAGACCUGUCCAUUUCAGACCAGCUAACUUGCUGCUCAAAACUUAGAGGAGAUGAGGUCUGCAAAGCAUUCUUGGAUGUGUCUAGUAAGAGGUGCCAGAACAAUGAUAUGUUGACUCAGCAACGGCCCUUACAAGUGGACUUCCUUGAUAACCUCUCCUAUAAGCCUACUAGUGGUGGUGCAUACAAUACGGAGUCCUAUUGCAGCAGCAGUGACGUCUUGGGGACAACGGUAGCGGACCUGACUUCGCCCUUUAGUACUUUUUCAAUUUUUGCUCGUCCAAUAAGGUUUUGUUUUCAUCGAACUGAUGUCCCCUCAAUGUGCUUCCUCCGCGAACUCCGUAUGCGUAUUGCUACCUGGCAGCUCCGACAGUGUGAUGGUAAACGGAUGUCGGGGGAUAAAUGCUUAGCGUCUGUGGUGAUGCCUGGCCCAUGUGGCACCGUGAGGAAUGCUCCCGGAGCGAAAAUGUGCUCGUUUCCGUUACCUCUGAGUAUCAUCUCCCCGGAGGUUAUCCACAGCACCAUCAAUGAUAGCCUGCUUGUAGUCAUGGUUAAUGCUAAGGACACUUGGAGAAUAUUCUUGUGGGCAGUUACUUACAUUGGCAAAUCUCUUAGCUUUUUAACAAACAAGAAUACCUUUAAAAUGCGGAAAGAGCUCUCGAAGCUCAACCUGACUACCAACACCGUGGACUAUCUCUACACAAGCACACAAAUGCCAAACAUAAACUCCUACCAACUCCCAGGGCUUGAGUCUGGGCCAAAGGAACUGGUGUGGAUCCCUCCUCAUGACACCUACCGUGUGGACAGCGAGGGGUCCCCGAUACUGGUGCCAGCGGGAACGGUGUUGCGCCUUGCAAAAUGCAUCUGGGAGGUGAGUAAUAAUGAGUUCGCAGAGGACCUGCUUUUGACCAUUUGCCGUAGGACGAAUAUGUCUCUACGCGAUGCUAAACCUGAGGACCCACAUUGGGUGCGCAAUCACGGCGACUCGUCCGACGAGCUCCCUGUGGGUCUCGCGCAGGGCUUCUUAAUCUGGAGGGAAGAGUGCGCUGGCCAGGUUGUAUACCAUGGCACAAAACCUAUCUUCCUGAAAAAAUGGUUGGAGUCCGGAUGCGACCCCGUUGCGGAGUAUAUAGCCUAUAUCUCCGCACUAACAUCUGAGAGGAAUGAUAAUCUGCACGUGAAGCCUUCCUGUGCGUCUACCAAGACUAUAUCGGUGAGUAAUUCUUUUUGUACGGAUCUGACUGAUAAAUCUAGUCAGCAGGGCUUCUCGUGUGAUUCCCUAUUGCUUGGGUCGCGAUCCAGCCUGUCCCAUAGCCUUAAUUACACCAACAAAGCUACCCACCAAGAACCUAUGACCUGGUUACCUCAUGCCUCCACUUCCCUUAAUCCCAAGACACCUCUCUUGGAGACUGAAGCACACACACACAGGCUUAGUACGGACAUGAACUUGGUGAGUGGUAUACCAAAUAAGGAGCGACCUCGUGGACUUUCCGAGAGCUCGUUAUCGUGUCAAUGCGAUACAAACAACGAUAGCACCGGUAGUUAUGAUAUGGCCUACUUGAGAAGCGGCUCCUUCUUGUCGCAAACCCAACAGUGCAGAUCAAGGACAUAUAUAUAUUCAUCUCCUCGUGGUGCCAUCGUAGAAGGAGCCGACCGAACCGUCUCCUCAGGGACUAUGGAAAUGAACAGCCGCAACCUAACCUUGCCCAUUCGAAUUUUGCCUAUUGCUCAUCGGAAUUCCAAAAGGCUUAAGUACAACAAGGCUAUUUUAGGUGGCCAGACCUCUUAUGGUUCCCCCAACAGUGAGGAUGCUCUCCUCAGGCAACAAGUAGGGGAACUUCGUUUUGAGGAGAGUGACGCCUUCUCAGCUUACUCUUCCCCAAGCGAACGCCUACUGAGGCUUAAUUAUUCCAGUGAACAGCCAUGUUCAUGUGACGGUACACUCCUAAAGAUAAACUCAUUUAAUAUUAAGGAUUUGCCCGAUAACUCGUGGAAAGAGGAAAGCCGCUCUCGGCACGGUGUGUGCUCAUCUCCUUCACUUGCAAAGAGCCCUUCAUUCUUAAGCUUCGAGCCCAUUGACCAUGGCUAUGAACCACAGAUGCAAGGUUUCACAGGAAGCAUGCUUGCCUCGACAACUAUGGGGGCAUCGAAAGGGAUAGAAGCAGAGAAGACACCUGUCGUUGGGCAUGAGAACUACAAUUGUGUUUCUCAACCGCUGCCCAUUGACCCUAUUUGUAUUCGCACCAAUGCCUCCUCAACUUCCACCCAUCACAUGGGUUUCCCUCCAAUAUCAUCGUGCUUGACGGAAAAACAGCAUUAUGUUUUCAGUAGCCCCAAUGACGGUCCUUCGGCUUAUGUCGCGAAAAGUUCCCUUGGCUUUGAACCCUUGAUGGCGGGUCUGGAACAACGAAAUAACCAUCCUAGCGACGUACCUGCCCUAAAUGAGCGCGAGACACGACUGUCAUGCUCGCACACUUCCACGAAUAACACUCAAAUCCUUUACACGAUUAACGACAAUAUUAAGAAAAAAGGAUCACGCCCAUCGCGGUCGAUGUUGGCUUCGACUACAUAUUUAACAGGAGAAGUGGCACAGACGACACAAGGGCUCACAUUUGAGCCUACAUUGUAUUCCAUUAGCUCUAAUACAAGAGUCACGAAGGAGCUGGAUGGCUCUGGGCAGACAGCUUUGUCUGUUGAGAGCAAAGACUCUUGUCUUCUUAAGACAGUGAACCACUUCAGUCGUAACCACUCAGGUGAGUGGCUUCAUGCGGUUCCGUCCAAAAACAACGCUGAAAAACCGACCGAGCUAGAUAUGAAGAAUUCUCUAUUACUGCCUAAUGCGCCUUGUCGGCAUGAGGACCACCCCCCUCAAGUGGAUAACACAUCACCAUCGUACAGUACGAAUUCGGCAAGUGAUGACAACUUUUCUAACUCAAAGGUUCUAAAAAAUAAGAGUGCGAACGGACUGUGUGUAAAUGGUGUCAAGAGUCUUACGAGACAUGGAGAGUACCGGUGGGACUGGAGAAGUGCCAUAGUGGCGAAGCCUUUACAAUAA